AUGAUCGAUGUGAAGAUUUGCACUCACUUAUUUUACAGUUCGGCUUCACUUAGAAAUAACGCUUCUAUAGAAUUAGACGAUGAAUAUACAGAUAUAGAGUUGAAUGGUUAUAAAAGGAUCAACGAUCUUCGAAAAAGAAACAGACAAUUCAAAACCUUGACCGCCAUAGAGGAAUCAUUAUGGGACGAUAAUGCUGAAAAUAAUGCAGUUGCUUCUGAUAAGCAGAAUUUCGUUUUACUAUUGAAGGCACUCAAAGAAAAAUUCGAUAAAAAUGGUUUCAUUUUAGCUUUAGCAGUUGAAGCUAACGAAUCGACUGCUAACAAAUAUGAUAUUAAAGAAAUAUCAAAGUAUGUCAGCUUCAUAAAUUUGAGGGCAUAUGAUUUCCACGGAAAUUCUGAUAUUACAGCGAAAAGACCGAAAGCUGGCCAUAUUGCUCCACUAUAUCAUUCAUUAAAAGAAAAUGCGGAAGAACAGAAAUUGAAUGUUGAUUACAUUGUGAAAUACUGGCUUUCGAAAGGUACACCAUCAAACAAGUUAAUACUGGGAACUACUUUUCGCGGAAUUGACUAUACUUUAGCUAAUCCAAAAAUAGUUGGUAGGGACGCAACAGUUGUGGUAGAUCCAAAAUAUUCUAUACCGCCCACAAGCUAUUACUUUACUUGUCCAUGGGAAAGGAAUCGUAUUUGGACCACUUUGUGGGACAAAGAACAGCAAGUUCCAUAUAUCUCCAAAAGGGAGGAAAUGAUUGCCUACGAAAAUGUUGCGUCCAUUAAGUUGAAGGCUGAAUAUGCUAAACGCAUGCAGCUUGGUGGGGUAUUUGCAGAUAGUAUAGAAGGAGAUGAUUUCAGUGGACACUGUGGAGGAGAGAAAUUUACACUUCUGAAGGCUAUGAGCCGAGUCCUGAGAGACAAAUGUUAA